AUGUCUUCUGCAACAACCAGCAAGAAAAAGAAGACCAAACUUUCACUGGAGGAAUUUUGUAAAAUCAAUGGAAUUGAAACACCUUUAGAACAAUCUAAACAACAAGCGGAAGCAGCUGAAGAGGAAGUUGUUUAUGUUGUUGAUAAUUCUUCAUCAUCAAAGAAGAAGAACAAGGCUUUGAAACAAGGCGAUAAGAAUAGACACACAUCGAGGAAUACUUCAGUAAUUUCAUAUAUUCAAGAUGAUUUUGAAGGAGAUGUUUUAUAUGAUUAUUAUGAUAUCGGAGAUGAUAGUGAUGAAGAUGAUGACGUUGUUAUUGUUCCUUCAUCAACCGAUUUAGUCCAUCGUGAUUUAUUAACUGAAAAUCAAAACCUCAUAAUGUCUUCAGGAAAUAGUACUGCUUUGGAGAAUGCAGGUUUUUCAAGAGAUAAUGUUGCUGGAUCAUCAGCCUCUUCAUCUUCUUUAACUAGUAAUAAUGUCAAUUCUAAACAUUCAGGAAGAAUUAACCUUUCAACAUCCAUAAGAACAGAUAUUUCCAAGGUUGAAAAGAAGGAACUCAACUCUAGAAUUAAAUUAGCUGAUAAAUUGGAAGCAAGAGCAACAGUUGAACAAGUUAUUGAUACUAGAACAAGAAUGAUUCUUUUCAAAUUGAUGAAUAAUGGUUUCUUCUACUCUGUCAAUGGUUGUGUUUCAACAGGUAAAGAAGCUAACGUUUAUAUUGCUUAUGGUGACAAGGAGGAAGAAAAUUCCGAAAAGCAAUAUGCUGUGAAAAUUUACAAAACUUCAAUUUUGGUUUUUAAGGACAGAGAUCGUUAUGUUACUGGUGAAUAUAGAUUUAAAUCUGGUUAUUCUAAACACAAUCCAAGAAAAAUGGUUAGAGUUUGGGCUGAAAAGGAAAUGAGAAAUUUGAGAAGAUUAGAAAAUGUUGGUAUUCCAUGUCCAUCAGUUCAUGUUCUCAAACAACACGUUCUUGUCAUGUCAUUUAUUGGUAAGAAUGGUUGGCCAGCUCCUAGACUGAAAGAUGCCAAGUUGACUGAAAGCAAAUAUAGAGAAAUUUAUUUGGACAUUAUCAAAUCUAUGCGUACAAUGUAUCAAAAGGCCAAACUUGUACACGGUGACUUGAGCGAAUAUAACAUGUUAUACUUUAAGGGAAGAGUUUAUAUUAUUGAUGUUUCUCAGAGUGUUGAAAAUGACCAUCCAAAUGCUCUCGAGUUUUUAAGAAAGGAUUGUGAAAAUAUCAAGAACUUUUUCUACAAGAAUGGUUUGACAAAUAUUAUGACCACUAGAGAAUUGUUCGAUUUUGUUACUGAUAUUACCUUGAGAGAUGAACAAAUUGAUUCAUACUUGGAAACCAUGAUGGAAAAGAUUCAAGACAGAGCUCCAAUUACAGCUAAGGAAGAAGUCGAUGCUGAAGUUUUCAAACAAGUAUAUAUUCCACGUACAUUGGGUGAAAUUAUGGACUAUGAGGCCCAUCGUGAUAAGGUAGAAAUGCAGGAAAACACUGACGAUAUUUUCUACAGAAGUGUUACAGGUAUCAAUAUGAACCUAGAUGGUGCUGCCACUACACCAUACGGUCUUACGGAACAAGAAGCUCAACAACUUGAGGGUCAAGAAGAGGCCAAUACCUCAACACCAUCACAGACAGAAGCCAGCAGUGCUACUACUGUGGAACCUCCUGUUAUUGUUGCAUCAUCUGAGGAAACACCUCAACCAGAAGAGCAACAAACAACAAGCAGUAGCAUUCCAGAGCAACCAACAAAUGAAACAGCACCUGGUGGUGAAGACAAUGAUGAAGAAGAAUUAAUCAUUGACGAUUCUAGCUCAGAAGAGGAAGAUGGAAAGAAAGGUAAAAAGAAGAAGCCACCUCUUCCAGAUCUUUCUGCCAUGACUAAGGAAGAACGUAAGAAAUGGGUAAAGGAGUACAACAGAGAAAGAAGAAAGACUAAGAUUCCAAAGAAGGUCAAAAAGAAGCUGGAAAAGAAACAUAAGAGUAAAUAAAUUUACCUUGUCCAUAUU